GGGACGUAAACAAUGGUGUACUGACUGAGGGUGUUGCAGUGAAUGUCGCGACUUCUUCCGAAAUAUUGUAAACUGAUUUAAUUAUAUACCCUCUCAAUGGUUAGUGCUACUUCUGUGUUUGAUUCAACCAUUUUAGUGGGAAGAAUUUUAAACAUAUCGGAAUGAUAUCUAUCUUCCUGGAUGCCCCACGACAGUGAGUUUCAGGAUAAAUAGGCUACGUUCGUUAGCAUAACUGUCAAUAUUUGAAAGAGCAGUAGGCGUAAUUUCCCAUUUUUUUGUUUUUUGUUGCAUGAUCAGAUGUGUGAUUUAUUCGUUAUUUCCAUAGUCGAACUAGGGGCACGUGUAAUUGUGAAUUGUAAAUAGGUUGAUGCUUUCUAGCAAGUUAGGUUAACACACUUCAGCCAUGUGGGGAGAAAUCGAACCGUCUCCCCAAACUGCUGUCUGUGUAGUUGAGACAAACAGUGAUAAAACUGAGGCUGAACCAGAUCAAAGUGUCUCUUGCACACCUCCGACCUCAACGCUGAGAAGUAGGAAUGAGAGCAGCUCACCGCCUGAUGUGCCUCGGGAGUAUGACAAAAGUGCACACCCCACCUAUCUCAAUGACAUGAUUGAGGCUGUAGCUGUCAGUCGCAGUCCAGUGAAAAGUCAGCAACUUGGGGAGCCUGACUUGACACUGGGGGAGAGGAGGCAGAUCUUGUUGGAGCUGUUCGAAACCAAGCCGCUAGUUUUCUUGGAGCGCUACCAGGCACAUCUAAAACCAGAGCACCUAGUCGCCUUCUCCGACGUCAUCUCAGAUUCCAGGGCUCAGUACUACGUCGAAGAAGUCCAGAAGCGAGCAGGGAAACAAGCCAACAGAACCAACGUCCGCAACCACCGCUAUGCAGCUCUACGGGCAUUACAGAAGGAGGGCCAGUAUUUCAGCGAGGAGCAGAUGCGUUUCCGGGAGCCGCUCCUCUACGAGCAGUACAUCGGGCAGUACCUGAGCGAGGAUGAGAUCCUGCAGCGCUCCCAGGAGGCCAUGGAGAGCGGCACCACCGGGGGGCUGGCGGACCUCCUCAUCAACUCCUACCAGGAGAGGGUGCUGCAGGGACGCCUGCAGGAACAGCAGGACAAGGAGGAUGGAGCACAGGAGGAAGAGGACGAAGAGGAAGAUGACGACGAUGAUGAGCCACGCAGAGGAGGCCAGGCGGAGUGGGAGCCCAACGAGCAGGAGAAGGCAAUGCUGAGAGAAGAGUUCCUCAGCCAGAUGCACCAGCGCUUCCUGGACGGCAAAGACAAAGACUUCAACUACAGUGAGGUGGACGACAACCCAGACUAUGACAACUUGGACAUUGUGAGCCGUGACGCAGAGGAUCGUUAUUUUGAUGAGGAUGACGACGAUGAAGAGGAGGAGGAGGAGGAGGAAGAAGAGACGGAUAUGAUUCAGCAAUGAUCAAUAAUGUGAUCAGUGCUUUAUAUCAAGAGCAAGUGAUUAACCUGUCUGGUUCAUUAUAUUUUCAUAAGCAUCAUUUGUCUACACUGUAGGCCCACUGUUUUGUACAUAGAGAGUCCAUUAAACCUUUGCAAUUAAAAACAUUA